AUGAAACAUAGUUAUUUUAUAUUAGAUAUAACCAUACUUUUAGUGCUAUUAUGUUCUAUAAAGGCCAGCUGUGAAGAUGGACAAGACACUAGAAAUAUCAUCAAGAAGGGCUUAUCAUCCGGGAUACUGAACUUCAAAUUAUUGCCAUUUAAAAAGAGUAUAGAUUCAUUAACAAGUUAUCAAAUGGGAGAUCCGAUUGAUGACAGUAUAUUUUGUAUUGACUUUAAAAUUGAUGAUACAAGAAUAAGCCCAUCGGUGAUUCAUAUAAAGGUAACAGACCACUUGCCUUUCAAAUUUAGUAGGAGACUGUUUGAUGAAAAUUUAGAUUCAUACAGCUGUAAGCAGAAUUUGGAAAUGAUGAUUAGGGCAAAGAAGGAAAACAGUAUCAUAAGAUACUGUAAUAGUUUGCCAACUGGCAACAAUUUCAUUCAAUUUAAUUCACCAAAAACUGCAGAAUAUCAAAUUUGUUUCCGUAAUAUAAUUAGGGACUUCUCAUGGACCAGAAGGAACUUUGAGAAACUGAUAUCAAUAGAAAUAACUGACAGAUAUAAUUAUCUAAAUAGAAAUUAUAGAGAAUUAGAAGAAAAUGUUAUUCCUCGAACGAAAAAGGCAAUUACUCAAUCAAUUUCAGAUAUUUUUGAUAUAAAUACACAAUCAAGUGAAUAUAAUUUCCGACAUUUAUUAAAAUUAGAAGAAGAACGUCGAAAUUUGAACGAAUUGACAUAUACUGGUCUAUUAUUUAUUGUCAUUACAUUGAUUAUUUCAACCAUUUGUAUCAAUUCAUUAAUAGUUAUCUUAGUCUCAAGAAAUUCAAACUCUCCAAAAUAUGUAUAA